GCCAACGGUGCCUUUUUUAUAUCCUCCUUUCUGAUAGGAAUACAGCGCCAUCGUCUUUCACCUCUUCUUAUACUGUUAUACAAUCUGAUCUCUUUCCUAGAGCCUGCCAUUGCAUUUGCAAUUGCUUAUUGAGGCCGCACCUUUAGCAAUUCAAGAGAGCUAGGCUUCCGCUCACUGACUCUUGGUUUGGAAUAUUAUAUUGAUUGUAGAACGAUCCAUUAGGGUUUUAAUUGUUUUCCCUGAAAUUAAAGCGGUUGUUGAAGCUUGAUUCUAGGCUAUGGGAGAAGCCUUGUCCGAUAUUUUCGAGCAAACUGAUAUGAUAGGCGGCACCUUGCCGGAGGACUUAUUUAGCAUCCUCGACACGUUCGAGGACACCGUCAGUAGUGCUAAAGAGAGAGCUUCCAUUGAAGGGAGCAACUUUAGUCCUAAAGUGACUCUGGUUUCUCCCCGAGUUGGCUCAAACUCCAGGCCGCUCGAGUCCGACGAGGGCCAAGCUCCCAAGAAACGCAAGUUGGAUUCCCCACGGGCUCCGGCAGACUUGGGCAACCAGGAUGGACAGCAGAAGACGACGCACAUCACUGUGGAGCGCAACCGGAGGAAGCAAAUGAACGAGCACCUGUCGGUGCUGCGCUCCCUGAUGCCUUGCUUCUAUGCCAAGAGAGGAGAUCAAGCAUCCAUCAUCGGAGGAGUAGUGGAUUACAUCAAGGAGCUUCAGCAAGUGUUACAGUCGCUGGAGGCCAAGAAGCAGAGAAAGGCCUUCAGUGAGGUGCUAAGUCCAAGACCGGUCUGUUCCAGCCCCAGGCCACCACCAUUAAGCCCUAGAAUGGCCCUCCCAAUAAGUCCAAGAACUCCCCAGCCGGGAAGCCCAUACAUGCCAAGGAUUCAGCCACAGCAGCAACCGCAGCAGCAGCAGCAGCAGCAGCAGCAGCAGGGCUACCUCUCCCCUACGGUACUGCAUGCAGCAGAGUCAUCUCCUUCCUUUAAUAGCGCCACCACCACCGCCACAAACGCCGAGAUCGUGGCAGCAGCCAACUCGCAGUCGCCGGUGGCGAAGGUGGAGGUGAAGUUCUCGGGGCCGAAUGUGAUCCUGAAGACGAUCUCGCAUCGCAUCCCCGGGCAAGCUUUCAAGAUAAUCACGGCGCUGGAGGGCCUCGCUAUGGAGAUACUCCAUGUGAGCAUCAGCACCAAUGUUAGCGACGACAUCAUGCUCAACUCGUUCACCAUUAAGAUCGGAAUUGAAUGCGAGCUGAGUGCCGAAGAGCUUGCGCAAGAAAUCCAGCAAACGUUCUUGUAACAGCAAGAGUUGUCUCUCUAAAUUUCUCCUAUGUAUCUGAAGAUGAAACUAGCUUGUUGGUAGCAAAGAGAAUGGGGGAGGCACCUACAAUCAAGUCCAACUCUAAUUAUUAAUUAAUUAGUCAGGAAGUUAAUUAAUGAUGACCAACUAGUACUGUUGUUAUUUCUUCAUGUAAUCUGUUGACUCAGUUCUAUGUUUUAAGUAUGAUUGAUUAGCAUUGGAAGUUUUUGAUGAGGUAGAAUCGAGAAGAAGAAGAAAAAUUAGCUAGCUAGG